GAGGUUCCGUGGCCUGAGGUGGAGAGUUGGUCAAGUUUUUUUUGUUUCUGACGGGGGGUUUUGUAGUUGUCGCUGGAAGCAGCUCCUGUCCCCUUAAAGUCAUCCGGAUUGUAAUGUCUGUGCCAGUUAUACUCUAACCCGACUUUUCUGCUGAUCUUGAGUGGAGCAAACUAGAAGAAAAUGAGCUUCCUUUUUGGGAAUCGAAGUAAUAGAACUUUCAAACCAAAAAAGAACAUUCCUGAAGGUUCACACCAAUAUGAGUUGCUAAAGCAUGCUGAAGCAACCUUGGGCAGUGGUAAUCUUCGUCAGGCUGUCAUGUUACCAGAAGGCGAGGAUCUUAAUGAAUGGAUUGCCGUCAAUACUGUGGACUUCUUCAACCAAAUCAACAUGUUAUAUGGAACAAUAACGGAGUUUUGUACGGAACAAAGCUGCCCUGUUAUGUCAGCAGGGCCAAGAUAUGAAUACCACUGGGCUGAUGGCACAAACAUUAAAAAGCCAAUCAAAUGUUCUGCUCCAAAGUACAUUGAUUACCUUAUGACAUGGGUACAGGACCAGCUUGAUGACGAGACCCUCUUUCCUUCAAAGAUAGGGGUUCCCUUUCCUAAAAACUUCAUGUCUGUGGCUAAGACCAUCCUGAAGCGACUGUUCAGGGUCUACGCUCACAUUUACCACCAGCAUUUUGACUCUGUGAUGCAGCUGCAGGAAGAGGCUCACCUCAACACUUCCUUCAAGCACUUCAUCUUUUUUGUUCAGGAAUUCAAUCUGAUUGACAGGAAAGAACUUGCUCCUCUUCAAGAUCUAAUUGAAAAACUUGGAUCAAAAGACAGAUGAUUUGUCUCUCUGUUUUCCACAUCAGCGUGAUCUUAGUGCUUCUUUUUCUACCUUCAAGAUCCCCAUUUUCUGCACAUACACAGUAUGAUGUGUGAUCAUUGUGAGCAUGCUCUGUGGAAAAAUCCAUUGUCUCUGUUGUUGUUAAGUAGUACUUUUGAUAUUUUUGUGAAUAACUUCCAAAAUGCACGUUCAUAAGUUGUUGGUUCUAGCCAUACGUCAGUGUUUUAGGGACCUUGCCAUUCAAUGACGUUGAAAGGCUCAAGGUGCACGAAUAUUCCAUCUAUUUCAUUAAGGAUAUUGCAGUAUUGAUUCUCUGCCCUUAGAAGUAAUGUGUACACACAUACUCUGCAUUCAUCAAAAUCAGAUAGUGAAGCAUAGUAAAGAUGUUUAGGAGAAGAAAAUAUUGCUGCAAAAAUUUAAUUAAUUUGGAUUAUUGGCUGAUGGAUUUGUAGUGUAGUUUUCCUAGUUCCACCUACCUCCAAUUUUUUUUUGUAUUAAUUUGAGGGAAGAUGGAAAACUAAUGAUUCUUGACCUUGAGCUAGAAACAAACUGGAACUUGUGCAGUUUGAAUGUAUGUUUUAAAUGAGUUGAUUUGCAGUAUGACUGCGAGUUGCUCAUGCUGCAAAUAGGCAAGUUAAUUGUAGACUAGUUAAUUGUACACAGUCUCUAAAUGUACUGUUUGGAUUUAAAAGACAGUGAAUGAUUUUGUACUUUUAUGUCAGUGUACAUUCACUUCUCUAAUGUUAUUAUGUGUGUUUUUUGAUUGGCCAUUUGAGGCAUGUUUGUAGAUGGCCAGUGCAGUUAACAUAGAAAGCCCUCACUUUCACACAUGACUUUUUAUUUUACAAUAAGCCAACUUUAAUUUUUUUUUACACUUGUUAUUCCAAUUUAAUCAGUACAUCACCUUAUUGCAAGUUAUAGGUUUGAAUUUGAUGGUGAAUAUGUUAAUUUCCUGCUUGAACAGUGUCACAAUUUAAUACAAUACCACUAGUUUAUUUCCUCACCCCAUCCCCACAAAAACUUCCCCAUUGAUUACAGUAUUGAACAGUUAACAUACUGCCUGCAGCCAGCUGAUGGUUGUAUGAAUCCACCCUUCGGUCUAAGCUUUUUUUUUAUUGCUUUGGUUUACGAUGGCACAUAUUCUGGCCAAAUGGGGUUUCCAAUUGUCACUUGGUUUGGCUGUCUUAUAUCUGCAGUCUUGGAUUUAUAACACAGAGCAUGUACAGUUGCAUAUUGUGAACACUGUGUUGCCUUUUACUUCUAAUGUUAUUAGAUGCACUUUGGGGACUGUGCCCAGUUGCCUUAACUAGACUACUUUUUCAAAACUCGGUCAGUCAUGCUUUACUAUUGAAAAUGUUUUUAAAAGUUUUUACACAUUGAGGUGAAUAAAGGCAACUUUGCAGCAUGUUGUAACUUUUUACUUGUGGUUGCAUUGUAGCAAAUAGUUUUGGGGCAAGGGGAUUUUUUUAAAAAUCUAGCAAUAAUUAGCUUAAGAUAAAUGGCAUUUUUAUUCUAAAUAACAUUGGUGACUACUGAAAACAACCACUUGUCAGACGUAAGGAUCUUCAUAUUUUGCGGCAGACUCCUAUGUAAUUCUCCUUUAUAGCAUUGGAGAAGGAUUGGUAUUUCAGUCAGUUAGCGCUCCUCUGUUCAAAUGUUGCUGUUAGUGUACAUUUAUUUUUGUUUUGGUGCAAUGUUGAGCAUAGUAAAGGGGAAGGGUGGGAAGGAAAGUAAAUUUUAAGUGUAGUAUUUUUGAUGUUGACAGGUUCCUCCAAAUUUCAAGGUAAAAUAACUUUCAGUUUUAUCAGCCUAUUAAUGUCAAGAAGCUCCCAUGACAGCUAUCACACAUUUUCCUGGCAAAUCCUCUUAAUUGGGAAGGACUGGCAGUAAUCACAUUCCCUGGAUUGUAAGUAUUGCUCAGAUGCCAAAUUCAUAUUUGUGUGAAUUUUACAAAGUUAAAUUUCCAGUUUUUAUUGAUCUCAACUGUAGGGGGCUGUAAUGAUUGUCUAAAAUAUGGGCAAGAUCAGCACAGGAUUUUGGUUCCUGCCGUGAAGCAGAGAGUUGACUCCUACUAGAAGCUGAAAUCAAGAUUUGAUGUUGGCAGUGAAGCUCUUGCAGUGAAAUAACCCAGUAAUAUCUUGCACAAGUGGUGACUGACUUCUCGAGGGCUACUGGUCCAUGUCAAACUGAUCUCCAGAAGCAAGAACAUAAGGGAGAAAGUUGAAGUACUGAUUUUGGAAACUGGGGACAGUAUCAGUUUUCAAAGUGUUUGGUUUCUGUUGAGCAUUGGGAGCCGUCAUCUUAAAACAUGCUGUAUCAGAACCUCCAGGCAAGAGAACAUAACAUUAACAGUUUUUAUUGAGACAACAUUUUGCAAUGUCCCUUCCAAAUGAAUUCUUUUUUUUGCUUAUCAGAGAGAACUUGCAGGAUGGACACAAUGAGUUGACCGAAUUUUGUGAUUGAGAUUUCCAGAUUCUGGUUUAGAAAAUGACUAGGAAAUGGACUUUCCCAAGGUUGGAAGAACAAGUCUACUUGUUUGAUAUGAAGUUUGAUUCUUCACUUUACAGAUGUAGGCAAUCCAAGAUGACUGAGUUUCUGACCCAUGACCAAGAAUCAUAAAACUGAAACCAAUGAGUUUUGAAGAGAUUUCUACAGAAUACUCUUAAUUCUUAAAACCUGAAGUUUUUGUUUUUCAGAUCACGGGAUGGUGCAUUUCUUAGGCUAAUUUUUUACAUUUGAAUUUGAAAUACCAUUGAUUUAUGUUUUUGAUAAAAGAUCUGAUAAUUGUCAUGUUGGAAUUUUGGUACACUGUAAUUUUUAAAGCUUGCUUGUAUCUCUUGGGAAGAGGGUAAUUUUGGUAAAGAAUUUAUGCACAUCUGUUUGACCAGAGUUGCACUUGCAGUAUAUAAACCAAGGUUUGUUGCAAACUAAGAACCAAUAAAUUUAAGUACAGCAUACUGUAAUUGUCAAUUUAUUACCUACUUGUGAAUCAGCAGAAGAAAUGUCCCAGUGGUGACUUCAAAACACUUCCCUUCUUAAAUUAUAUUAAUUUAAAGGGGAAUAAAUAUCACAUGUGAAGGAGGAACAUACUUGGUCUUCACAUGUUAACCAGCAAAGAUAAACUGGUUUGUGUUAAAUGAACAAAUCUGAUAGAUUUUGAGUCUUGAAGGAAGAAAUCCAGAGUUAACAUUACUUAAUCCCUGAAGUCCAGUGAAUCUAAAUUAAGCCAGAAACUGUCUGUAUAGUAUAGUAUUGUCAAAUCCACAUCAUUAUGCAUAACUCCUUGAUCUUCCUUGCAGGAAAUGAUAGUGAUGUUAUAAUGUUAAAUAAAGCCUACUCUGCUUUUAGAAACAUUUCUGUUUAAUGGUUUGGCACUUGGUCUCGGUUGCCAUUUUAAGGUUCUGCAUUCCUACCUUUUAAGAUACUGUACAGCAAAGUGUGUAUUUGAAUUUUAGCUGCUUGAGGGUAAAUUAAUUUGGCUAAAAUAGACAUCUUAUUUUUUUCCCUCCAUCAGCUAUACAAAAUAUGUCCUGUUUAAGGUCAGUUGACCAAUCUAAUACUCCUGAAGAAAGGAAUACAUCUUUGUAGUGUCACUGCCAAAUUUGAACAGAGGGCAGUGUUGACAUAUGGUUAGUCGUUCGAUCAGGAUUGCCACAAAUGCAUUUUGCAGAUCUUCCAACACGUCAUUUGUGUAUCAAGUGACUCCAGUGGGCAUGCCUGGUUCCAACUUGAUUCAAAAUCGGAACAGUCCUGCUCAGUAAGGCAUCAACACUCACAACUCAAAAUAUGGUCUGGCAAUCCAUGUUAAGAUAGAUGUGGCAUACAUCUGUAUGUUGAAAAGAAUGCUUUGGUCCUGUCCAAAUUAUUUACCUGUUUUAGAUGCCGUUCAAACUUUCACUAACAAAGGAUCAAAUUCGAGUUGGGUUCCAAAAAUUUCACCUGUAUGAAACUGCAAGAUGUAUCAAGUUCUGUGGCUGUAUAAGAGCUACUCCUUGAGAGUUGUCCAAAUACUUUCUGAAUGUGUCACUCGGCAAUAUGUAUGCUGAACCUAAAAUUCUUCAAGCAGUCCUUUCAGAUUGUGGCAAAGCUCAAGAUCCUAAGCUUUAAGAACUCGGUUGAAAGCCAGCAUGGUAGCUGUUUUUGUUUCCUGUUUUGUUGAUAUUUUGCUUGCCUCUAGAAAUCCUCCAUUUAAUUUUUAUGUGUAUACAUGAUGGAACAUAAAUUACAUUUGAAUUUACAUUUUAAAAUUAGUACAAAUAAAAUGAUUGGAGCCAA